AUGAGACUUCUCAACUACAGAACACUGAGUCUAUGCACCGCAUUGGCUGAGGUGUCCGCCGCGGACAUCCCGCAUACAUGGAAUGUGGCAGCCUCAGUCAUUUCAAGUGUUCUAGCCACCAAGUUUGGCACUCCUGGGAACGGUGUUAUUGUGUCCGCGGGGUUUGGUACCAUCCAUCUGAUCGAAACGAUCGAAAACUGCAUCCCCGUCGGAGAAAGCGGCAGUACUGAGGACUCUCUCACCUGUGCUAAGUCUGUUGUCUCCGCUGCUGCUCUCUUCGGGAUGGCCUACAAUAAUUAUCGGCAGGUGGGCUACUGGACAAACAAGCGUGAUGGGUUCGGAGGCGACGUCGCGUACAUCGAUGACUACUUCAGCCAGAUGGGGUCCCAUGUCGCAAUCUCCGACGUCCACUUCGAAGGUGUUCCGCUCAAUGUCACGCACUUGCCCCAGACCAUGGGCAAGCGCAGCAGCGCGGGCGAGGAUUCGGCCAUCCGCGCCCUCCACAACUCUAGCAUGCCCCUGAGCUUUGUGUAUCAGGACACGCGCGAGAAUUACGUGCCCCUCCUGGUGGCCACCAACGGCACUCACUACCACAUCGGGCAUCUGGUUCCUAGUAGCAGCAGAAGCGGCAGUGAGAACAACAGCGCAUCGCUCCAACGCCGCGGAGCCAUUGACCCGAACUACACCCAUGUUGGCAGUGGCGGCGUCAAAUUGCAGUGCAACUCCGAGGGCGCCGUGAUGACGGAAACGCAGGUAGAAUUGUUUCUGGAUUCCCCCAUGUCGGGCACAAGUAGCAGCUCGGCGGCGAUGAACGUCUUCCUCAACCUUGUGAAUUAUUCUACCUUCGCGGGCUUCUCCUUCAGCGAGUGGGUGGAUGGGGAUCUGAGUGGGCAGUGGGCCAUGGAAGCUGAGAGCAACGGGUUCGGGACUAACUGGGAGACGAACUGGAAUUGGUGCUUUGGAGUGGAGGCGGCCAGUUGUGAUAAGGGGUUGUAG